GUACCCUUUCGUCGGUCAGUGAUAUGGUGUUUUCGAAGAGAAAGAUGAAGCAGUUCUUAGCGUUCGGAGUGACGAUCAUCUUUGUGAUUUGUUUGUACAAAUCGUGGGGCAAUCCGGUGCACGGAAUGGGACCGGGGCAGUACGGCGACGAGGACUUUGCCGACGAAGCCGAUAACAGUGUCUUGGGUGCGGAUAGCUUCGUCGUUGGUGACAAGCGGUUAGCGGGGCCACAGGAGCGGACAGUGUUAGCAACCGACGAUCGAACAAUCAAUGAUAGACGGCCCCUCAAUGGUGCCCUAUCGGCGGAGGAGCGCGGUGCGAUUGGCCGGCCAGUGUUCCGCGAAAAACAUCGAACGAACCAACAUAACGAUCUCCGGCUGACCGCGGCGGAAUCGGACAGCGAGCGAGAGUCCCGGCUCAACGAACUGCACGAGGCGAAGCGACAAAUUUUGGAGCUGGAGCGCAAAAUACAGGAGUUGGAAGGUCGGAUACCGCGCAAGUAUCCAGACGUAACCUUUCUGAACUACAAGAACCGCAAGCGAAUCUUGAUAACAGGAGGGGCUGGAUUCGUAGGUUCACAUCUGGUCGACUAUCUCAUGAUGCAGGGUCACGAGUUGAUAGUGGCGGACAACUUCUUCACCGGUCGCAAACGCAACGUGGAGCAUUGGCUUGGGCACGAGAACUUUGAGCUUAUUCACCACGACAUCGUCAACCCCCUGUUCAUAGAGGUGGACGAGAUCUAUCAUCUGGCGAGCCCCGCCAGCCCCCCGCACUAUAUGUACAACCCGGUGAAAACGAUCAAAACGAAUACGCUCGGAACGAUCAACGUGCUGGGGCUGGCGAAGCGGGUCGGCGCCAAGGUGCUGAUAGCGAGCACUUCCGAGGUGUACGGCGAUCCGGAUGUGCACCCGCAGCCCGAAACCUACUGGGGCCAUGUGAACCCGAUCGGACCACGGGCUUGCUACGACGAAGGCAAGCGCGUCUCGGAAACGCUCAGCUACGCCUAUGCCAAACAGGAGAAAGUGAACGUACGCGUAGCGCGCAUUUUCAACACUUACGGGCCACGGAUGCACAUGAACGAUGGGCGCGUCGUGUCCAACUUUAUCAUUCAGGCUCUGCAGAAUCAGUCAAUUACCAUCUACGGUAGUGGGAAGCAGACGCGUUCGUUCCAGUACGUGUCCGAUCUGGUCGAUGGGCUGGUCGCGCUGAUGGCGUCCAACUAUACGCAACCCGUUAAUCUGGGCAAUCCGGUGGAGCGCACGAUACAAGACUUCGCCGAAAUCAUACACGAUCUGGUGGGCUGCAAAAGUCAAAUCAUCGAGCUACCCGCCGUGGAAGACGACCCACAGCGACGGAAGCCGGAUAUUUCGCGGGCCAAAAAAAUUAUCAACUGGGAACCAAGGGUUCCACUGCAGGAGGGACUUAUGAAAACGAUCGAUUACUUCCGUAAGGAGCUGGCGCGAUCGAACCACUCGCAGCGGAACAUUUUCGUUCCCGAAACGACGGAGUAUCGAAAUUUACUGUGACCGUCCUGUGGCUGGGUGUGCAGAUCCGUGGUGAAUAAGCUCUAACGCGCUAGGCUUGCUCAGUGAAGUGAUGUUUUUUCUGUUUUGUAGAUAAUCCUAUUGGGUCAUAGCUGAAAGAGGUGUAAAUUUUUUUUAUGUUAGUGAGAAGAUAUUGGAAAGCCCAGUUUUAUACAUAUUGUACAUAUUUUCUAGUCUGGUUUUUGUCAAGCGUCGUGAAGCGAGGAUGUCGUGUAAUUAGAAGAAGUAGAAAACGA